CGGGAUUAAGCCCGAAGUCUCACGGCAAUGCAGAGGUCUGCCAGGACGCGCAGCAAGAGCUGAUCUGCAGAGAUGAGGAGGGCAGCGAAUAUUGCUGGGCUUCAACCUUUCCUCCCUGGGCCUCUUCGGGGCACAAAGAUCCUGGGGAUGGCUGGAGGUAUUGCCAGAGGGGAAGAAAACAUUGAGAUUUUGGGGAUAAACUACCCUGGGAAAUUAUUUUUGCCGUGAGCCCAGCAGCUCACCGCUUUUAUCAGGCGUCUUUUGACCCUCAUCCCAAAUUCAGUUUGUUUAAACCUUUAUGUUUGCCGCGAUUAAUGAGCAAAUAUCUGUUUUAUUUUCUGUUCCAACAUUCAGGCUUUGCAUAAUGUUAGGAAGCGCGGCCGCUUUUCUUUUAUUUUGGAGGGAGUCCCUUUUUUGCAGAAGGUGGACGGACGCGCUCCCAGGAGGCAGCCGCCGGGUGAGUCAUUUCCGCACAGAAAUAGCUCUGCUGGAAGCGGUGACAUGGUCCUGCAGGGAUUUCACUUCUUCCUUCCCCGGAUGGAGCCGGCUGCUCCAUCCCACACCACUAGCGGUGUGCCCACGGGCACCGCCGGCUCGUGGCUGGAUUUAACAGGUCAGGAGAGCAGCCCGGCGAGCCCUAAGCGCUGCCUUCAGCAACACGCUGCCUGCAGAGUGAUGGUCUUAAAAUGAAAAGGUGCUGUGAGGGCGUUGGGCUGCCAUGCCUGUUUAAGGGUGUUGGUAUGGCCAGCUCCCGGCCUCCCAAAUACCUCCUCGUCUUCGAUUUCGACGAGACCAUCAUCAAUGAGAACAGCGAUGACUCCAUUGUCCGGGCGGCACCGGGGCAGGCGCUGCCGGAGCACAUCCGACAGACCUUCCGCGAGGGCUUCUACAACGAGUACAUGCAGCGCGUCCUGGCGUACAUGGGGGACCAGGGGGUCAAGAUGGGGGACUUCAAGACUGUCUACGAGAACAUCCCCCUGUCCCCUGGCAUGCCAGAGCUCUUCCAGUUCCUCUCCAAGAACCACGAGCUCUUCGAGAUCAUCCUCAUCUCUGAUGCCAACAUGUUCGGCAUCGAAUGCAAUCUGAGGGCAGCCGGUUUCUACUCCCUUUUCCGCAAGAUCUUCAGCAACCCGUCUGGUUUUGACAAGAGGGGGUACUUCACCUUGGGGCCCUACCACAGCCAUAAGUGCCUUGACUGCCCGGCCAACAUGUGCAAACGCAAAAUCCUAACAGAGUACCUGGCGGAGAGAGCCCAGGAGGAGGUGGAGUUCGAGAGGGUCUUCUACGUGGGAGACGGUGCCAAUGACUUCUGCCCUUCCGUGACUUUGACUUCAGCUGAUGUGGCUUUCCCGCGGAAGGGCUACCCCAUGCACCGAAUGACCCAAGAGAUGGAGAAGCAGCAGCCUGGAGCCUUCCAGGCCACUGUUGUCCCCUGGGAGUCAGCUACAGAGGUCGCCCGCUAUCUCCAGGAGGUCCUCAAGAAGAAGUGUUGAGGCUGGCUCAGAAGAGACUUGCAUACUAUAAGCAGCUGGGAAAGGAGAAGACUGGCGGGGGGGUCGCACCGUGUACCCCACGCUCAUCGGCGCUGCUCGCUCAGCCCCCGCUCCCGGGUUACUUUCCUGCCUUUCCUCUCCAAGCUCCUUUCUCUCUGGCGAUUAAAGCACUUUCUCUAGGUCCUCCCUUCUCCCUCCCCUGCCAUGUUGAGAUGACGCCUUCUCUAUGCAGCUCCGACAUCUACUCCACCGUGGGUGUUUGCCAACACUAAUGGUGAUUUUUUUUGUUGUUGUUGGUAGUGGGUUGUUUUUUUUUUUGUCCUUUCUUUCCCUUUUGACUUUACAAGAGCAAUUCCUAAAAGACCAGAAGCCAGCUCCCCACGGGCUGGGCCCUGCACAUGCUUCCACUUUCCUUCAUCCCCCUCGCCUGCCUGAUCUCCACCGGCCACGCCAGAAGCUGCGUGCUGUUGCCUUGAACCUGAUGCUUGAGGUCUCCUUGCCUCUUCGUGAGGCCACUGGAAAUUUAAUCUGGGAAAUUCGUGCUGCCUGAGCUCCCCAGUUUGCCCUUCACACCCUGCCUGAGCAGGGCAGCUCCUGGCUCAGCUGCUGAGCCUUGCGAUGGAGUAAAUUGUCCCUUGAGACUUUAUGCUCUGAAAAAAAACAUGACAUGAAGGACAGGAAACCUUUUGGAAAGGUGGUACCUUGGAAAAAAACCUUUAGUGCCCAUCCCCACCCACUUGCCCAGAGCAUGGGCACAGCGACCGCAUCCCGCUGCGGGGAGGAGGACCUGCCCUUGCCUUCCACUUCCAUCCUCUGCUUCUGCUUGCAGGGUAAAACAUCCCCCAUGUCCCCAGGGUGGACAGGUUCCUCCUCUCUCUAAGCCAUUACCAGUCACGUCCUUCUGUUUGCUGGAUCGUAUCAAAUUCCUCUUAACCCAGGGGUUGAUUUCCCUCCUGACCUCGUCGAGAGGUGCCAGACCUCCCCGCGGGAGGUGCGGUGCUGUGAGCACUUCUCCUGCCAUCGGGUCCCUGGAGGCCAAACCCCUGUUCCCCUGCCCUGCUGCAGUAUUAAUUGCCCCUUCUAAUUGCACUCUGCAGGGGGGGACCCGCAGUAUUCGCUGCUCUCUGGUGUUGGCUUCUCCUGGAUUUAUCCACAGCCUUACCAGCCCCUGAGGGUGGCUCGUAAUUCCUCCAAAGCGUAGAAACCCUGACAGCAAAUCUGAGCAGUAAGGAAAUAACCAAAGCAGCCCUGAGUUGUUCCUCUAUUUCAUUUCCCCCGUCUUUGUUCUUCCUCCUCUGGACCCUCUUCAACUGUGUGGAACUUAAAGCCAUGGAAUUAAAAAAAUACAUAUAUAUGUA